AUGGAGAAACUAAUCCAAUCUACCAUAUCAUUAUUCAUAUCAUUAUCCCUAAAAAUUUCAACUAAAUCUUAUAAAUCAAUAAUUAGUAUACUAUUCAUAAUUUCUCUACUAUCAAUAAUAUUAACCACAACGAUAACAGUAUAUCAUGAUCCAGAGAGAAUUAUCACCACCACCACAACAACCACCAGUGCUUCUAAGAGUGUAUUCACUGCAUCAUCACCAAAACAACAGGAUAAAUUACAACAAGAAAUAGAUCAACAUCAAUCAGAUAAUAGCCAUGAACAGCAAGGUAAACGUAUAAUCAUUUUCCCUAAUAAUUUCCCCUUGAUUAAGAAUGAUCAAUUGGUUAAAUAUUAUAUUGAUACUAUGAAUCAAGCAUUACAACCGCAUGAUUUAAUUUAUCGAAAUUGUUUUGAGUAUAAAAUUCCUCAAUUAAGUUAUUCAUCUCAAAAAAUUGAUGUAUUUAGUGAUGGUGGUGGUGGUGACCAAUCAGGGAUUAAAUGUCGGAAAUUAUCAUCUCAAGUUAAUGUCAAAGUAAGUCCUGCAAUUAAUAAAAAUGGUAAUAUGAGACAAAUCUUAACUCGAUUCAUGCAAGAUGAUGGACUUUAUUUUCAAGAAUUCUUACCAUUUUUCCCCAAUCUAAAAGAACAAUUACAAUCCGCAGAUGAUGAUAUUAUUAAUAAACAUUGGUAUCAAUUUAUUGGAUCAACGGUAUGGUUACAACAAUAUGGAGUUCAUUUAAUGAUAUCAAGAAUCAUAUAUACUGAAGUAGAUCAAGGAUUACCGAUAAUUUCAUUAGCUUAUCUACAAUUAUUUGAUAGAAAUUGGAAUGAAUUAAAUGAUGUUGAAUUGAUUAUUCCUGAUUAUGAAACAACAACAACAACGACCACUCAAUCAAAAUAUAAAUAUAAAUCGAUUAUUUAUCCUUAUUUUGCCCCUAUUCCAAUAUAUCAUAAUGUUAAACAAUUAAAUACUGGGAAAUUUUUUGGUGUUGAAGAUCCAAGAAUUAUGUUAAUAACAAAUGAAUUUGGAUUUGAAGAACCAAUUAUAAUUUAUAAUUCUCAUCAUAGGAAAAUCCUGAAUAUUGAUUAUGAGAAUGGAGGUGAUAAUCAAGGUAAAAUAAAUUUUAAAAAUUAUCGUUCAUUAUUUAUUGGUUGGUUAUGGAAAACCCAAAUUGGUAAAUUUAAUCUUGAACAAUUACCAUCAGAACAUACUCUUGAUAAUCAUAAAGCCAACAAGAAUGAUGCAAAUAAUAAUGAUUAUAGUAAGAAUGAAUAUAUUAAGAUUAAAGAAUUAACUCGACCUAAUAAUCAACGUAAUUUAUUAGAGAAAAAUUGGUCAUUAUUUUUAAAUCAUCAAGAAAAAUUAAAUCAUGGUUAUCAUUCAUUUAUUUAUUUUAUUUAUCAAUUCAAAGAUUUAAAAAUUUUGAAAUGUCCAUUGAGUAGUAGUACCACCAAGAAAAAUAAUGAUGGUGAUGAUAGAUUUGAUAGUGGUUGUCAAUGGGAAUAUCAAAUUAAUGAUGAUGAUAAUUUUGGUUCGGGAUAUUUACAUGGUGGUACAGAAUUGAUCAAUGUUAAUGAAUUAUUAGAUAAUUAUUUAUCAAAAUCAUCUACUUCAACCUCAAUUAAUGGUAAACAGCUAACAAAUUCAAUUAAAGAUCGAUUACCAUUAAAUCGUCAAAUAUGGAUUGGGUUUGCUAGAGCAGCAAUGAGACAUUGUGGUUGUUCAGAAACCAUGUAUCGACCAAAUAUGGUAAUAUUAGUAAAAGAUGAUGUCCCUACUAACACCAAUAUUGCUUCGGGCAAGUCAAACUAUCGAUUAACGCAUGUGUCAUCAUUUAUGGAUUUAGGAAUUGAAGUAUUACCAUGGUGGGAAGAUAAAGGAUUAUGUGAGGGGAAAAAUGUGGUUAUACCUAAUGGGAUAUCAAGUUGGACAAUUGAAAAUGAAUCAAACAACCUAGAAUCAGAGUCAUCAACUAUCACAUCAAAUAAUUUGGUAGAUUAUUUGACAAUAACGAUUACUCGACGUGAUACAACAAUUGAUCUUGUAUAUAUAAAAGGGUUAUUGAAUGCAUUAUUAUUAAACCCUGACAAUAACAACAGCAAUAAUGAUGUUGAUGAUACUGAGGAGGGAUCAAGCAUUUUUAAAAGCUCAGUGUUAUUUAAUGUUGAUUUAGUGAAAGAUUAUCUGAGUACUACUACUACUACUACUACUAAAAAUGUUAAUAAAAAUCUUGAUUGUGCUUUACAAUAUUCUCAUAAAUAUUGUCAAAUAUAUGGAGAGAAAUUGAAAAUAGAAGAUGAAUUUAACAAUAAAGGGAAAGAUAAGGGUAAAGAUAAAUCCAAUUGA